GUUGCCAAAUAUAAAAGGCGCGGUAGGGCACCGGGAGGUUAUCACAACGCCAGACGCAACAUUCAGGAUGAAGAUCGCUCUAUUGGUCUUGAGUUGUCUGAUCGCCGUUUCUAGGCAACAAAAUGCCUUGUGGUCCAUGCCACAGUAUCACCCAAAAGUGCCGCUCCAGUAUCAUUAUCCUGUCACCAACAAUUUGAGACAAUGGAGCAACAUUUUCUCGGGAUCUUACCACCCUUAUUAUUCUUAUUCCCAGCCGCAGUAUGUGAAAUAUUUCCCGGCACAGAAUAAUCCGGGUGUCGUCUUAUUCAAAUCCUUCCAACAACAACAACCCGAAGAAGAACAGGAAAUUAAUCAAGAUGAGUAUGUCAACGAUGAAACUAAUCAGCAAGAGUCGACGGUCGAGGCCCGGAUGGGCAAACCCGGUAAACCCGGUAAACCCAAGAAUCCGGAAGGACGACUUUUCGAUAAUGCGCUACUGUCCAAUCUGCUUUUCGGCACUGUGGCGACCAGCACUAAAUACAGCAUCGCCACCACCACCAUCGUUUCGACUUCAGUAAUAUCCUGCAUUCCUUCCGCCUCUUUCUCCGCCGGAUCGACAACCGCCUGCCGCCGUCGACGCGAUUUAUCCGUCAUGAAAGAAUUGCUGGACGAUCACGAAGCUCUUUCGCCAUCUCAAGUUCAAAUUGUGGAACCGUCGGCCGCCCUUACGCUGGAUUCUCUGAGCGAUUCGCCCAGAUCCGCCCGAGAUGCCGUCACCGUCGUUUCUUCGCUGGAAGACCGAAGUCAUCGUCGAUCGGCUGGCGCUCGUUUCAUCGGUUUGAAUGCGCUUCUGACAUUAACCACCACUUCCACACUGACGACCGCCACAAUCAGCGUUACCAGUUCGCGGAAGACGGUUACUCUAGGCUCCAGUUUGUUGUGCUUACCGUCGGGUAUUAAUCUUUGUUAGACAUUUUGUAACAUCCCAUUUAGUCGUCGUCGUUUUUCUCCCAUAUAAUGUAUUAUUUAUUCUGCACUUGUUAUCUUAGAAAUUAGAAAUGCGCAUCUUAGCUUUAAUUAUGGUGGCUAAAUUUUAGUAUGCAAAUAGUUAGUUGUAAAUCUAGAACGAUUUAAACUAUAGCCUGUACACCACCGUACACAUUAUCCUUUCAGCCUAGUAAUUUAAUUCCUUUGUUCUCUUACAUCACAGCUGUAAAAUUGAAUUAUAGAAUUUCUAACUUUUGCUAUCACACAAAGUGUGUGGAUUUCGGUUUUAAACCAACGGAAUUUUCCACAUGGCAAUCAGUACAAUAAACAUUAAUUGCAAUCAA